AUAGAACGUGAUACGCACUUGGACGAGGAACUCCGAAAUAAUCUUAUCGCGCUAGCCAAAGAGAAAAAGAUACCAGUGGAGUCGGGCUUGACACUAUGUGCUGAUGACUUCUAUGAGGCUGCAAUUGUAUGUGUGGCAUUGCUGAAUCGUAUGAAAGGCGACCAAGUGAAAAUCCCACACGAUCAGUACGUCGAAUUCGAGGAGCGACCCUUCCGUCUCGUCACUGCCCUCAUCAGAAAACAACUGGGAAUCAACUAA